AUGCCUUCAGUUCUUCUCUUUGGGGCCACAGGCCUCAUUGGAGGUAUGUUUACUGAACACGAGCAUACCACUGGCGCUAACCUGCGUCUGAAAGCACGUUUGGCGCCUGCACUUAAAAAGGCUCACCCCAAUUGGCCGCUGACCGUCUUCUACCGCAAUAAAUCUGUCGAUGAGUAUUUCACUCAGACGGUGCGUGCUGACCGCAUCGUACACGGGGAUUUCUCGCAAAAAGACUUGGUCAGCUCACUAUCUAAGGAUCACGAUAUUGUGAUCAACGCGGCAUCGUCAUUUGACGGGGACUUCAUCGACACAAUCAUAUCAGGCAUGGAGAAGAGACCCGAGAGCUCCCAGGGUACUCUUGUUCAUCUCAGCGGAACAGGCAACUUCAUCGACCUCGGCACAACCGGGAAUUUCAACCCGAAAAGUAAGGUUUGGAAUGACAACAACGAAGAAGACAUCAGAGCUAUCAACCGAAGUAUGUUCAACGGCCCCACCGAUACUCCUAUUCUUGAGGCUGGACAACGUGGAAAGAUCAUUACAUAUAUUGUUUGUCUUGCGGUCACGUACGGCCAAAAUGUCCUGGGUUCCUCUGCCAAUCUGGGCGUCGCAUACACAAUCCUUACAGGACUGGCAAAAGGUCUCGGUUUCGUCCCUUACAUUGGUGAGGGAACCGCCGUGGUGAGCACGGUGCAUGUCGAAGACGCCAUUCCUUUCAUCCAGAAAAUUGUCGGGGUGGCGGGAACCGAACAACCAAUGGGCGAUGCUUACUCGAGGUACUACAUUCUCCACGGCGAGAGACUCAACUGGAGGGACUUGGGUAAUGCUUUGGCACCAAUUCUGUACGCUAAGGGCCUCGUUUCCUCCCCGGAGCCAAGAGCGGUAUCAAUUGGCGAGGCUGGCGAAGGCGAGGCCAAACAUCUCAUAGCCGGGAACAUGCUCGUUCAGGGUGACCGCGCAGUGCAACUAGGUUUCAAACCUAAACAGCCAUCAAUGAUAGUCUCGAUGAAGAAGGAUCUGGGGUCCCAUGAUUUCUAG